UCACAUAAAUGCAAGUAACCUCAAAAGACAACUUGGCAUUAAUUAACCUUAAAAUUAAUUAUUGGAUUUUUGAACAAUUUUCAAAUAAAUUAUAUGUAAAAUGUCAACCAAAACAAAAUUGACUGAGAAAAAUGGAUUACUGAAACCAGAAUCUAAAAAAACAGUCUGGAUUAAAGCAUUUUCAUCUAAUUCCGAUUGGCCUGACAAGGAAGAAUUUUUAGAUGUUAUUUAUUGGUUCAGACAGGUGAUAGGUAUACUUCUAGGAAUUUUUUGGGGACUUCUACCUUUGAAAGGAUUCUUAGGACUAGCUUUGUUUGCAUUAGUUAAUACUGGGGUUGUGUAUCUAUAUUGUACAAGUAUUCAAAAUAUUGAUGAAGAAGAAUUUGGAGGUACAUGGGAGUUAACUAAAGAAGGUUUUAUGACAUCGUUUGCCGGUUUUCUAGUUACUUGGAUAAUUAUAUAUUCAGGUCUAUAUGAAAAAUAA